CCGAUUUCAAUCAAAAUGAGUAUCCCUUCAUCGGGAGGCACCUUCUCUACUGCUUCUGAGUCGGGAAGAAUACUCACACCCACCUCGUCUCAAGAUGGCCGUGGCAGUGAGAGAGGUUUGCCAAUUCGGCAAGCCUCGAGCGUACCCAGAACCUUGCCCAUAGCUCAACCACCGAUAAGUCUCUUUCAAAACCUGCAACCAGAUCAAACAUCAUCAAUCACUACCCCUCGACGAAGCUCACCAAAUUCACAAUUGAGUCCCGGUCGGUCGCCAUCCACGUAUGCUGAUCAACACAAUGCCUCCCCAAGUCCAAGGGCGAGACGCAUACACCCUUGCCGUCCGAGGCGAAGAACCGGAGAAAACGCCUCUCGCUGCUUCUGUGCAUACCGAAGACGUACAAGUUCCCAGAGCUUUUCCAGCAGGUAGUGGUAGUACUUCAGCGGUUACUUCAUCUCAUGAGAAUGAGGACGAGAACGAGGUGAUAUCCAAUGAUAUCCGGGACGAAACUCUCCCCCCAGCCCCAAUCUACAAUAAUAGGCUUCAGGAUGGACUGAAAGCCGUUAAGGGCCACCUGGCCAGUCUCGCCAGCGCAAUGCGUCUUUCGGAAUUGACACAAGAUCAAUCGACGAGCUUGUACACUCUGUAUAAGCGUACUGAAAAGAUGAGCAGAUUCCAGUAUCCGGUCACACGUACUGUGGGCUUUAUUGGAGACUCUGGAGUUGGCAAGAGUUCGCUGAUCAACUCACUACUUGACCAGAAGAUAGCACGAUCCAGCAGAGAGGGAUCUGCCUGCACCUGUGUGGUGACGGAAUUCCGUCACACCAAUCAAGACCAUACCGGUCCAUUUAGCAUCGAAGCAGAGUUCAUGAACAGAGAGGAAAGGGGAAACUUACUUGAGCAUCUCCUGCUAGACUUCCGAAAAUACUACGUUAGUUCCAUCUACAGGGAGCUUCAGACAAUCGAGGAACAACGAAAAUGCCAAGAUGCAGCUGUUAAAUCAUGGGAAACACUUCACUCGCUUUUCAAGACUCAGCCAAGACUUACAAUUGAGUUUUUAUCAGAUGAGUCUGAGGGUGCACACUCUGAGAUCCUUGCGCUGCUGGAAGGCUGGGCAUACGCCGGCUUAAUAAACCGACAAGGUGGGUCUGAUGCGCUCGAAUACUCAGUCAUUGCCGGUGACGUUGAAGAAUGUAAAUCUAUUCUCGACCAUCUUGCUGCUGAUAACCCGGAGGGCGGUGGCCCUGCAUUAUGGCCUUUUAUCAAGUUGAUUAGGGUAUAUCUCAGUUCACCUAUCUUGAGGACUGGAUUGGUUUUGACUGAUCUGCCUGGACUCCGAGAUCUGAAUUUUGCAAGAGUGCGAGCAACUGAGAGAUACCUUGCUCAUCAAUGCGAUGAGGUUUUUAUUGUGGCAAACAUCUCUCGAGCUGGGACUGACGAAUCUGUUGGUGACAUCAUGAGAAGAUGUAGACAGAAUCAGCCUCGAAGAAUUAUUUGCACAAACUCAGAGGAUGUUUCACCAGAAGAGGUCUCCCGUGAGCAAGGGCCAGACGGCCGACGCGUCCGGGAAAUGAACAAAGAGCUCGAGAAGGUCAAUGCCCAAAAGAUGAAGGCUAAGUCGCAAAGAAUAAAAUCACAGGGAGAUGAUCGGCUCCAAUGGUCACUGAACGAGUCAGAACUCAGUGACCAGGUUGACGAAUUGGACUUUGACAUUACGCGCUUCCUCAUCAACCGGCGAAACCUCAACGUUUCACGCGAGCUUCGCAGGAAAUAUGACGACAUCCAGGUAUUCUGUGUCAGCAACACACUAUACUCUGAGCAUCGGAACAGCGACCCAACCCAGGCAGAUAGGUAUCUCGAGCUGACUGGUAUACGAGAGCUGCGCCGCUAUUGCCAGCUAGUCCCAGCUGAAGCUCAAUUGCGCGCAACAACAGCGUUCCUAGAAGAUGAAGUCCCGGCAAUGGUGGGCUCAAUUCGUCAAUGGGCGCUUUCUGGUACAGACCCGGUCACUGCAGAAAAGGCUGCCCAACUUCGCCGUGUUUUGGGUGAUUCUCAAGAUGCUCUUCGUCGGGAUUUUCAAUCAUCGGAAGACCAUGUAGCUUGCAUGUUUCGAGACUUGAGAGAGCGUUUUGACAAUUCUAUUAUCUUCUGUAUCGAUACAUCUCGAGCUCAGUGGAAACAAGAAAGCCUCAACACCAGUCAGCGCUGGGUAAAGUGGCACUUCAGCUCAUAUGCUGCAUUCUGUCGACACUAUGGUACGUGGAGCACGGAAGCACAACGAAAUGAGCGGCCCUGGAAUGAGCAAUUCAUGCAGCGAACCCGUGAAGCAUUGGAUCCCGCAUGGGAAGACAUAAUGGAUUGGCUGGAGUCAGGAAUUGAAAUUUUGACUGAUGGGGUUGACCUGUCAUUUCAAUUGCUACGUUUCGAGAUCCAAGAGCAUCAGCAUCUUGCACCCCACGCGCUGCAAAACAUCAUUGUCAACAUGGGACAUAGACGAGAGAAUAUCAAUACACACAUCAAGAAUGAGAUGAGAAACCUCAUCCUAAAGACACAAAUUACCAAGCGAGACAUGCUAGAGCAUCACACUGAUUCAUUUAUCUCGAUGCUCAUGGAGCCAUGUUAUAAUCAUUGUAACAGUGAGGGAGGACCAGGUUGUGACAAACGACGAAAGAGUCACAUGGAAGACCACUUGAGAAACUCCAGGUUAUUUUCCAAAUACUCUACACAUGCCAAGAAUGUCUACGGUGGAGUCAUGGCCGAAAGCCUCAAAUCACUACAAGAAGAAAUUGAUAACCAGAUAGAAGGCAUAGUGCUAGACUUCCACGCCGUGGUAGUCGAUGAAGGAGAAAUACCAGAGGCGGAGCGGGCACCUUCACUGGCGAAUGAACUGAGAUCCCUCAUUCAGAGUGGACAGGCUACUAUUGAUGAUACCAAGGGAUUCGCCCAACAGCUCAAUGGGCGCAGUGACUGAAUAGUGGACCUUUUUCAACGGAAACUAGUGUUGCUUGGGGGAAAUGCAGGUCAGAUAAGCCUUCAAAUUAUAACUCGGCGAAAUAUAUUCUGAUU